AUGCUCAUCCGAUCGGCAAGAAGGCUGCCGCCCUCAUUCGUACUCAUGCUCGUCUUCCUGGCCUUCUUGGGCUGGGAACUCAGUCAAGGAAUGAGACAUGAGGAGCAUCCGUUGCCGGCAUCGCCUCCUCCUCCUGCGCCCGCUCUUGUCGAACCUGAGCAGAGGCCCCACGUCGAGGAGAAGAAACCGCCUCGAUUGGCCCUCGUAACCUUCGUCACCGAACAGAGAUCAUACCUCUAUCUCUCGCUAAGGAACAAAGAUCACUACUCCCGCCGUCACGGUUAUGACCUCGUUAUCGACUACGAACAGCACAGCGAAACUGGAAACCCUGUCUAUUGGAAGUUCGACAUGAUCGAAAGGCUGGUCAAGUCCGCAAAGCAUGACUGGAUAUGGUGGCUCGACUUCGACACGCUCAUCACCAACACCAAUACCAAUGUUGCUAACAUAAUCGACGAAGAGCUGCAGAAUGCCGAGCAUGCCGACAAUGUUGACUACAUCUUCACCAACGACUGCAACGGCCUCAAUCUGGGAUCCUUCCUGGUACGCGCACACGACCGAUCCCUCGAAUUCAUCCACCGUGCACUCGAUCUCCGCCACACCGACGAGGGCAAAGACUACAGCGAGCAGGACGCCCUGGUGCGUGUCAUGAAGGAAGAACCAUACUCGGAGAGGUUCAUCUUCGCGCCCCAAUCGAAAUUGAACGCCUUUCCCGAAGAGAUCAAAUGCUAUGAAGAUGAGCAUGGUCAGUGGGAGCCUGGCAAAUUCAUUCUGCAUUUCGCGGGCGCGUGGGCACAUGUAGAAGGCGACGACCCUACGGGUCAACUUAUGGACAAAUACAAGCAUGACGUCAUGUGGGGGAAAUGGGAAGAUAUCUAUUGA